AUGUCUCUGCUACUGAUAGCCCGGUACAACACCUUUUGGUUUGAAUCGAAGCAAGAAAAGCGGUUCCUCGCGUCUGCACUGUUCAAUUUCCAUUCGUUUCUGACAGUGGUUCUGUUGGGGAUUUGUACAUGCACUUUUGUGAAGAUGCACUUUCCAGCAAUCCUUGAACAGAGAACUGGAUUUCGUGGUUUCUUUUGGAAGGCAGCCAGAAUAGGUGAACGUUUGAGCCCCUGGGUUGCUGUGGGAUGCUUCACGAUGGGAGUGUCGAUAAUCUUUUUCUGA